AUGUGUGUGGUGCUGUCUGCUUUGUCAGGCCCCAAUGGUGCGCGACACCGGUUACCAGUCUGUUUGGUGGACAGUGGGGGUCCAUGGACCAAGGUGGAGCAAUCGGUGUUUCGCACGCCCAAGUUAGAGUUUCGGGGAAAAACGCUGUGGGCAAUGCGGCUCGACGAUUACCAGAAACGGGUGGGAGAGAUCCUUGUACUCUCUUACCUUCCGGGCCGUAUCUCGUAG